CCAAUCAGCGCUUCGAGUUUCGCGGUCAUCAUGAAUAUGUGAGUGCCUAGCUCAGUAAGCUUGGAGUGGAUCGCUACGGCGUUGUUUUGACAGUAUUUUCUCAAACAGAAACGGGAGGAUUAACGGACACAAGCGACGUUUGUGUAUUUCCUCGGAUAAUAUCACGCUAAUGAUGCCCGGACAGGCGUCGGUGACGGUGGCCAUCGGUCCGCAAAAAUCGUCCGGUUUUGUUUUAAAGAAGAUCAUGGAUAUUCCUCCUCCAAACAUACUGGAGGAUCAAGACGAUGACAUCGAGAAGGAGAAACAGGGUUUGAUCGUCGAUGGGAUGUCCGGCGGCGGUUCGGGUGGCACGGGGAGCGUCUCCGCCUCUCUCACCCCCGCCAUCUGGGACAAAACCAUCCCAUACGAUGGCGAGACCUUCCACCUAGAGUACAUGGACCUGGACGAGUUCCUGCUGGAGAACGAGAUUCCCAUCACACUGGAGGAGGAGCUGAGCAAGUGUGCCGAGGCAGAGUGGCGAGGCGGCGACACGCAGGGUUCCUCAGAUGAGCCAGCGGCCGUCCCACAGAUGCCUGAGGAGGAGCACAAGGACGAUGAAGAGCCUGAGGAUGACUCGCUCUCUGUGAGCAUUGAGACGACAGCAGGAGAGACGACAAACAAGAAACCCAAAGUCGACCCCGACCGCGUGACGCCCACUCCUAUCGACCCGGAGGAGAUAGAGGUGAACGUGGCCUUCCAGCCGGACCCCACGGAUCUGGUCCUGUCCAGCGUUCCCGGAGGAGAGCUCUUCAAUCCGCGGAAACACCGCUUCUCUGAGGAUGAGCUCAAACCACAGCCCAUGAUCAAGAAAGCCAAGAAAGUGUUCGUUCCUGAAGAUGCGAAGGAUGAGAAAUACUGGUCGCGAAGGAAGAAGAACAAUGUGGCGGCGAAGCGCUCUCGUGAUGCCCGGCGUCUGAAAGAGAACCAGAUCGCCGUCCGCACCACCUUCCUGGAGCGAGAAAACGCCGCGCUGCGACAGGAAGUGGCCGAGCUGCGCAAAGACUGCGGCCGCUGCAAGAAGAUCAUGUUGCUGUACGAAGCCAAAUACGGCUCGCUGUGAGGGACACGCUUCACCCUGACACAUAUCAGUCUCUUUAUAAUUCACACCGCAGUUACACGGCCGGGGAUUGUGGGUAAUGUGGCACCGCGCGGAAAGUGGACGAGAAUGACGCGAGCGCGUGUUUUUAAGAGGAUGUUUUAAGGGUUUAGAAGACACAAAACACAUGAUAACAGCAUAACCUUUGACCUCUGGCCUCCUCAUACCUCAUUCUGCCCUCUCCACGACCCCCAUAUGACCCGAGCAGUGAGUUUUUAGAAGUUUAUUCGGUAUGAAGAUGAGAUAAUGCAGCCGACUGGAAAAGUCGCACACGGCGGACGGCAAGUUAGCGUUCAGUCUGAGAGUGUUUGGUCAUGGAAAACAUGACUUUACGACUGUUUUCAGCUAGUUUUUAACCUGUUUCUUCCUUUUUGUACUUGACAUGUCAUCGGUGUUUGUGUACAAGAGGUUUUUUUCGCAGAAAACAAGCACAUGACCCUUGAUAUGAAGCAAUUAUUUUCUUUAUUCUACAAAAACGAGUGCACUUCGGGCGAUUGCGGUUUGCGAAGAUUUGAAAGAAAGAAGAGUCUGUAAAUAUACGCUUGUAUCCGUCCACUAGUGUCGUUGUUCUUCCAGAAUGAUCUUACCAUGUAAAAAGCGACAUUUCUAUUGUGCAGAUUUUUAACACUAUAGCGACUGUGCUGCGUUCAAAUGCAUCUUCACGGCAGUUAACUGGACGAUUAUUUUAACGCGAGCGUCUGCGCAGGAGUUUAACUGUGAGCGACUGGAUCUGGUUUGUUUUCAGGGUUUAAUCCAGGGCAAUAAUGUGCGAUUCAUCUUUACCUCAGAUUAGAUAUUUCUAACAAGUGUUUUUUUUUUUUUUUACAUUUAUUUAAAAUGAAUUUUUUUAGUCUGGCAGCUCAGCAUCCGUUAAAAACACAAGCGUAACGAAUUUCUGUGUAAAAUGUAAAUGUAAAAUGUUUUAAA